AGUUUGUUAUCUUGAUUUUCAUUGGCUCACUUCGUCAAGAAUUGGGGGUGUGUCCCAAAAGCUCCACGUGAAGUUGUUUCGUGGAGACAUUUUGGCGGUCACUUUCACUUUUUAGCUAUCUUUAAGAAGAUCUACGUUUUCUCGGGAUAUUUCGCGAUGUCGGGAGGGAAGUUGCUGGUCCGUGGAGCCCGGCAGGUGGUGCUGGUGUGUCGGGCGGAGGAGAGAGCGCUGCGCGGGGAGGACAUGAAGUCACUCGCCUCGCUGGAGCAGGAUGGCGACAACGGGGUCAGCCUGGUCGUCGGAAGCAAUGGACUAAUAGAAGCAGUCGGCCAUGAUGCAGACAUACAGGAGAAGUAUGGAAGUACCAAGUUUGACAGAGUCAUUGAUGCAGCUGGGAUGAGUGUAUUACCAGGUCUGAUUGACGGCCACACCCAUCCUGUCUGGGCAGGUGACAGGGUCCAUGAGUUUGCCAUGAAGUUGGCAGGUGCCACGUAUAUGGAGGUCCACAAAGCCGGUGGAGGGAUCAACUUCACCGUAGAGCACACUCGCAGUGCCUCGGAGGACGAGCUGUACGCACUGUUCAGGGACAGGCUGCUGCGUAUGGUCAGGGCAGGGACCACACUGGUGGAGUGUAAGAGUGGAUAUGGGCUGGAAGUAGAGACAGAAAUGAAGAUGUUGCGGGUAAUACAGAGGGCCAAGAGGGAGCUACCUAUUGAAAUAUCCAGCACCUUCUGUGGAGCACACUCAGUACCAAGGGGCAGCACCAUGGAGCAGGCUACUGAGGAUGUCAUCAAUGUCCAGUUGCCACGGUUACAAGAGCUGAUGAAGUCAGGUGACCUGGAGGUGGACAACAUUGACGUGUUCUGUGAGAAAGGUGUCUUUGAUGUGGAAUCUACCAGGAGAAUCCUGCAGGCUGGUGUAGACGCUGGUCUGGCCAUCAACUUCCACGGUGAUGAGCUGCAUCCCAUGAAGUCUGCUGAGUUGGGUGCAGAGCUGAAAGCCCGAGCCAUCAGUCAUCUGGAGGAGAUCAGCGAUGCGGGCAUCAAGGCCAUGGCAGACUCUGGCUCUGUGGCUGUCAUCUUACCUACAACUGCUUACAUACUCAGGUUGACUCCUCCCCCAGCCAGAAAAAUGAUUGACAGUGGUGUGGUGGUGGCCCUGGGAAGUGACUUCAAUCCCAACGCCUUCUGUCUGUCAAUGCCCAUGACCAUGCACCUGGCCUGCGUGAACUUCCGCAUGUCCAUGAACGAGGCCCUAGCGGCUGCCACCAUAAAUGCAGCGGCAUCUCUGGGGAGGGCGGAGACUCACGGGUCACUCGAGGUGGGGAAAGUCGGAGACCUGGUCAUCAUUGAUGCACCAAGAUGGGAGCACCUGAUCUAUCAGCUUGCAGGGCACGACCAUCUCAUCAAGUAUGUGGUGAAGAAAGGGGAGGUCAUCCACAGUGCAGUGUGAACAGGAAUCUAGCCAGUGCCCGUCCUUCUGUCCUUUGAUGGAAUUUUUCUGCUGGGGAUGGACGAAAAUUUUGCCCAUUCCGUACGCAUCCUGUGUGACUGACAAAAAUUGUCAUGUAAAGAUAUCAAAACAGAUGCCAUUGAGGAAAGGGCCUAGAUUUCAAAAUUUUCAAAUUUUCACAGGGGAGCAUGCCCUUGGACCCACCUAGGAUUACGUGCCUCAACAGGACAGAACAGAGGGACAAAGAAAAUUUCAUCCUGGCUAGAACACUGAUCGUGAGAGCAAACUUUAGAGCAGUGCUCCACAUUGCCAUAGUAGUAGUCCACUGUGUUCUGCUGCUGCAGUGGUCUGGACACCCUUUAAAAUACCUUCAAGAAAAGUAUCCUGGGAUGAUCAGGUGUCCUUGGCUGAAAAAGCCACAUUGCACCACAGUAAAAUAAUGUCAUGCUUUGCCUUAGUCUGAGGUUGAUCGCUUUUUACAAAGAAGAUAUGGACUGAAUAUUUCCUGUGAACUGGUGCUGAUGGCUAAUCUUGGCAGAGAAGACCAUAGAUGGUGGUUGGUUUACCUGACAAGAAGGCCCUGCUCUGCUAGGACACAAACAGCCAAUGGGAGGCAAGGAGAGGUGAUGACAGCAGAUGCAGCACCACUAUCUUGGCAUCUUUGAAAGACUUUUGAUAAAAAGAUAAAAAUAUUGUGUAAAGAUAUAAAUCUAAUGUGUUGCAUACGAAAGGCUCAACAAGUGUUGUAGUCAUGUUUUUAUUUGUGUAUUGUACCAACAGCACAUUAAAUGAUAUUUAGAGUUCCUUGUAAA